CCUCUGAGUGUAUCUUGUUUGGACAUUGUGACCCCCCAUAUGUUCUUUGCGGAGUGACUUGAUACAUGUUUUCGACGCUUACGCUGCAUCAGGCCCAUGCAGCUCGUCGAUAAUAACACAUUUUUGCGGCAGCUGGGCGCCCUCUUCGAAUCAACGAAAGACAAGGGCACGAUAUGGCUCACUCAUAAGCGAUUAACUCACGAUGGUGAUGACACCGUAAUGAAAGUGGAAGAUGGGAGCGAUGGGGGCAGAGUGUAUCCAUGUAUCGUUCGUGUCACUGAUGGCAAGAAGACGAAAUUCUCCACCAAGAUCAUAUCAACAGACCUCGAUAAAUUCCACUCUGCAUACGGUGCCCUGCUCAAAGCAUCCAUGACCACCCUCCGUAAGCGUGAUAAAAAACGUGAAAAGCAACGCGCCGAACAGCUCGCAAAGAAGAAGCAGCGUAUGGCAGACCCUGUUGUUAUCAAUGGACCUAAACGAGGGAACGGUCGACGCAAGAGGCAGCGACAAGUCAAGGCAGCCCUCAAGCAUGAGGAGAUGAAGGAGCGUGCAGCCAAGAGAGAAGAGGCACGAGCAAAGCAAGGAGGAUCUUGAUAGUAAGCAUGUGUCAGAAAAAGUAUGUUGUACACUGCUGUAAUUACCUGCCUGCGUCGUGCAUGUGCGAUGCCUACGUACUUGAUGUGCGGACAUUAGAUCACCAGUUUGUCUUCAACAGAUGCUCACCUUGCCAGACGCCGAACUUUGAAGUAGUGACUCGAGUUCCUUGUCUCAUUAUAUGUAUAAAUAUUAUGUACAGCGCUGCGACUCGUAGCUAACACUAAAGACUCAAAUGUUAGAAUUGUACCCAUCU